AUCCAGGAGAUGACUCGCCACGACGGUUCACAUUAUGACCUCAGCCGUCACAACCCCCAUCUGAUAAACAUGUCACCUAGGAUACUGUCCCAUCACUCCAUGAGUGCACUGUCCCAACUGAACUCUCAGGUUGGCCGGAGUGCACUUACCCAUGGUUCUCCCUCACCUCCCGGAAGUAAAUCAGCCACACCCUCUCCCUCGAGCUCCACACAGGAAGAGGAAACCGAUUCCCACCAUAAGGUACUGAUGUGGCAAUGCUUCUUUGAUUUCGCUGAACCUAGGGAAAGUCAGGGUGUUGCUCUUGUUGGUGUUGGGUGUUGCAAGGUGGAAGGAAAAUUGUCAAAUUGUCGUUAACCUAUAACUAUAUUUUCUUUCAGACAGGGUUGUGUGACUUGCUGUCACGUUGUUUAAUUUGUGUAUGUAUGGCAGAAUGACAGUGAAUGUAUGGCAAUUAUUCAACAAGCGACUUUGUGGGGUUUUAAGCGCGGUAGUAUAUUUAUGAGCACAGACAUAUCUCCAAUCUCAUAGGUAAUUAGGGAUCAUCUGGUAUUUUUUAGAUUGGCUUCUAAUCCUAGUUCAAACUGAAAGCAAUGUAGCUUUUUAUUUUCCCUUUUUGUUCUAAUUGUUUUGCUGUCUAAAUUAUUUCAAUUGAAAUGUCCCCGUAAUGUGGGAUUUGCUGAGAAUCCGUUAUCACCAUGUCAUCUCCUUAAUUGCACAUUGUUAAUUGUCACAUCAAGAAAGGAGAUGGAGAAAGAACUUCUUACUCCCUUUCCAGUUAUGUUGUGGAUUAUUUUUUUCAAAUUCCCUUGUCGAUUAUACUGCUUUAUGUAUGUUCACAUAACUGGUGUUAUUGUUGUUCUCUGGGCCCUAUCCAUAGUGAUUCACAGAAGCUGUGUUCCAUUCUUUAUAUUGCAGCAAUGGCAACAGGGAUGCAUUUGGAUCUUUUCCUCUGUGUUCGUCUGUAAGACGUUGCUAUAAGAUGUGGGAGACAGAACUUGAGGCAACAUACUGUAGUUCCAAACCAAAUGACUUGAAGCAGAAGUGUUCUACAUCGUGUAUUGUAGUCUUCUAGAACUCUACACACCUAUCAAUAGAUGUGUUUCUCAGCUGUGGGGUAAACAUGUUGAAAAGGACAGCAAAGCUUGAGGGAGUAUAUGUGUGCCUCAAUCCCUCACAGCUCUUUCAUUUGAAACAAGGACACAGGAAUACAUACUCAAUAAGGGACAUUAUUUAAUUUAUGUAAAUCCAUACAACAAAGCAUACAGAAAUGACUCAACAAUCAGGGCUCUCACUGGAUUUGUUUUCCAUUUACCUGGGGGAUUAUAAAAUAGGAAUAUGAAUGUAUAAUUGAAUCCGGGGGUUUCUAUAGUGUUGUUGCAUAUUUAUCAGCAUCUGUACACAAGCAUACAGCGAUACAACGUUAGACCAGCAAAUUUUCUGAAACACAAUUUUUUCUCCACCAUACAAGCUCCCCGCUGUGCAAGACUGUUCAUGUAUGAAAAAACCCAGAUUACAAUUUCUCCCCUAUCAGUAUGUAAUUCCAUUAGCCUCCAAUGUAGUCAACAUCCACAUCAAAGCUAGUAGAAACAAAGGUGAUUUUUAAUACAUUUUGCUCCAUUGCACAAAAGUUGGAAUCUAUUAUCUAAAUGAAACUCUUUAAGAAGAGUGUCGUCAGGAAUGUUAGGUGAGAAAUGUACAUUUUUACCUAGUACGGGAAGAAAUGUGUUUGUGUUGUUUUGAUAAAUAAUUUUUGACAAUGUAAACGAGGUAUUGCUGAAGAAAAACAGCUUCAAUUGGAAUAGAUAAUGGUAGUGUUAUAUUAGACUUGAGAGAUUGAAUCUCAGUUUCUGUUCAUAGAGUACAAUUCAAAACAAGAGAGUAUUAAUAGUAUCAUACUGUAAAUACAUGUUCUACAUAUAAAUACAACGUUCUGUGUUUGAUGUGAACAGGUUUAGCUUAUUACAUUGAAUGUUUCUUUACUGAUAAUUCUAAAUGAAACCGAAUACUGCACUGCAAAUCAUUGUUGAAAAGGGGAGUUGUUUGCAUUUUGACUGUGGAUGUCUCAAUAACUUGGAAUGGAUUCAAUCAAACGGUCAUUACGAUGAAAAUGCACACUUUCAUUAAAGUCUAAAUUAGUUUUAUUUUGUUUUUCGCUGCAAAAGUUCAUACACAUUAUUGUCUAUUAACCUAGUGAGAAGAUAAGAGGUAAGUCAUACUUAUUCUUACACUUGACUGGCAACUCAUCUCUUGAUGUUGGGGAUGCAAGCUUGUUUGAGCUGUCUGCUGGGCAUAGAUGUGGAUGAGUUGGCACACUGACCAUGAUCAUUUGUCUACGUGAGGCAGUGAAACGUUACCAAUGGAAGGAGGUGUGAAGUGAGAGGAGUGGGGAGCGUCUUGUCACUGUGUUCUGUUGAUCUCCUCAUGUAGUAGAGAGGUGUAUGCACAUAAUGACAGACACAAGUGACAUCACACCAAGUCUGAUAGCCUACCAUUGUGGAGAGCACUGUCGAAAGGGAGCAGUUGAAGUUUACCACAUCUCUUACCUGUGUCAUACAGUACAUUCUCUGUGAGUGAGCAGUCGUCUUCUUGUAAGGAACUACAAAGUUCAGUCUCCAAACAGAAAGACACGAGAGACAAAUUAAUAACGUUUAUUUUAUUUUUUAUCUUCUUCCAGAUGACGGGCGAGAAGCGGCCCUCCUCGGAGAUGACGAAGCCCAAACCCAAACCACAGAAGAAGAAGAAGAAAAAGGACCCCAACGAGCCGAACAAGCCU